UCGCAGGGCGCUGUGUGGCUCCGGAUCGGCAAGGGCGAAAUGCCGGGAGAGAGGGUUCGGCUAAAGAAGCCGCUCGCCAUCAUGUCCAAGGUGCGGCCCGAUGGGGACGUGCCGAGCCCGGGGGGCUCGCCGCCGGCGUGCGAGUACCAUGCGGUCGGCGUCGUCCGAGAGAAGCUCGUCUUCAACACGCGGCCGACCCCGAUC